AUAUAUGAAAUACGCGAUGAAAUGGGUUUACCUGACCAACUCGAUUGCCAUCCGUAGUGGAGGUAAAUAGUAGUAGGGAAUACGCAUGCCCUUGGUUCCUCUACAAAAUCAAAAGGGUUUAUCUGAGAAACCUAGACAGUAGACACGGCAGAUGUUGUCCUUGGUCUUCUCCACAACCACGGAUAUUCCAAAACCCAGUUACCUGUCUUUGUGGCAAUAGGUUAACUUCAGUGUUGUUAUGCCAAAUCUGACAACGUUCACUGAAAUCUGUGAGUGAAUAAAUGGUUCCUAAUUUUCUCAUUGCAAGGUUAACUGCAUCAUUAUCAUCGUUCACACACCACAGGAGUACCCAAACCCAAUUGGGUUCUCUGCUUCAACACAAACACAAUGCUUUCCUUUUUUUCUUCAAUUCAUUCUCUUCUGGCACCUCUUCUGAUUCUGAAUCAGAUGGAAACUACCACAAAGGUGACACUUUUACUGUGUCUUAUCUCAUCAACUCAUGUGGGGUGUCCCCAAGAAAAGCCAAGGAACUCUCCAAUAGGAUCAAUUUGAAAACCCCAGAUGGCCCAAAUGCUGUUAUUGAUCUUCUCAACAACUAUGGCUUCACCAAAACCCAUCUUGCAAAACUUGUGGAGAAACACCCUUUGGUGCUUGUUGCGGAUGCAGAGAAUACCCUUUUGCCUAAACUCAAGUUCUUCCGUUCUAUUGGGCUUUCCAACACUGACAUGCGUAAGAUUUUAAUUGCUAACCAUACCUUGAACAGGAGCUUGAAAAAAUUCUUCAUCCCACGUUAUGAGAUCCUCAGACGUGUACUUGGUGAUGAUCAAGAAGUUGUUAGAGCUAUAACAAAUUCCCGAUUUGGUUUUACAUAUGGUGACACAAUGAACUUGGUUCCAAACAUUGAGGUUUUGAGGCAGUCUGGUGUGCCGCAAGCUUCUAUCACUUUCCUGAUGAUCAAUUCUGCGACUGUAGCCUACUGGAAGCAUUCCAGAUUUGUGGAAGCUGUCAACACUGCUAAGGAAAUUGGGCUUAAUCCCUUGAGAACAAAUUUUAUUGUGGCCGUUGAAAUGCUUCUAAUUAGGAGCAAAGCCGUAUGGGAAUCAAGGUUUGAGGUUUAUGAGAGGUGGGGUUGGAAUCGCGAAAUGGCUCUUCAAGUAUUUCGAAAGUUUCCCUGUGUUAUGAAGUUGUCAGAGGAGACGUUUGCCAAAAAAAUGAGUUUCCUAGUGAAAGAUAUGGGUUGGUUAUCAGAAGAUAUUGCUGAAUAUCCUCAGGUGAUAGCGUACAACUUGGAGAAGAGGAUUAUCCCUAGAUUCUCGGUAAUCAAAAUCUUGAAAUCAAAAGGUCUGAUUGAGAACAAAUUGCACUUAAGUGCCAUUAUUUGCAUAACUGAGAAAAAAUUUCUAGAGAAUUUUGUGGUCAGUUUUCAGAAAGAUUUGCCUCUCUUACCAGAUGUCUAUGGUGGAAAGGUCAAGCCUUCAAAUGUAAUGUAAUCUUUGACGGUUUUUUCUUGCAAUUAUCCUAACAGCCAAUUUGUCUAUUUCAAUGCAAAAUUGGACUUUGAUUUGGGUCGCUUUCA